AUGCUGGCCGCCGCCGGCCCCACGCCGGGGGUCCCCCCGGCCCCGACCCCUCGCCGGGACUCGUCGGGAUCCUCCGGCUCCUACCACACGGCGCCCGGGUCCCCGGAGCCCGGCGGUCGGGGCGGCCCGCGGGCCGGGGCGGCCGGAGGCGGCGGCCGGACACGGAGGCCGCCGGGGGCCCCGGGGGCGGUCCCGGAGGCGCAGCCCCUCCUGUCCGUCAGCGCCCAGAAUAGCCGCCGGGGCCGGCCCGGCUCGGGUUUCGGCCCGCGGCCCGGGCCUCGCCCGCCCCGAGUCCGCACGCUGCCGUCGGGGGAGAUGGAGGUGAUCUUCAGCCCGGGACCCCUGGGCGGUCCUCCGGGACGGCCCCGCGGGGGACCGGACCCGUCCGGCGGCCCGGCGGCCCGGCGGCCCCGGGGGCUCCGCCUCGACGUGCGAGACCCCGGACCGGCCCCGCCCUCGCCCGGGUCGUCGCCCGCGCCCUCCGACGGCGGCGGGAACGACGACGACGACGACGACGACGACGACGGGGGCCCGGGCCGAAGCGCGGCCUACCUGGAUCCGCGGGCCUCCCCGCCCGCGCCCCCGCCGGGGCCGCGGUUCGAGUGCGUGGAGGUGGCGCUGGAGGACGAGGCGCCCCCCCGGACGGUGCCCAAGCGGCAGAUCGAGCUGCGGGAGAAGCCCCGCGCCCCGGGACCGGCCGCGGGCCGCGGGCCGCUGCUGCGGACCGGCUCCCUCGACGAGUCCCUGAGUCGCCUGCGGGCCGCCUCGUGCCUGGUGCAGACGGCCCUGGCCCGGAGGCUGCGGGCCGACCGGACCCCGGCGGGGGAGAGGCCCCCCGGCGCCCCGGCGGAGACCCCGGGAGGGACCCCCGAGGGCCCCCGGCGCCAGGGGCCGGCCCCGGCCAGGCCCGGGCGGCCGCGGGGGCCCGACGCCUCCGGGGGCCCCGGACCGCGGCCCGGCCCGCGGGAGCGGGCCCUCCGCCGGGACGGGCCGGCCCCCGGAUCCGAGCCCCCCGGGCCCGUCAGCUCCAGCGUCUUCCUGCCGUCCGAGGCCGCCCCGCCGGAUCCGCCCCGCCGGGGGCCCCGCCGCGCCCCGGGGUCCGAGGCCGCCCCCCGGCCCCCGCCCCGGCCCCGCGACGUGAGGAAGCUGCUGAAGAACACCUACGCCCUCAGCUUCCGGCCGCCGGCCCCGGCCGCCCCCCCGGGGGAGCCCGAGGCCCCGCCGCCCGAGGUCGGCCGCCCCUCGCCGCCCCCGCCGCCGCGCUUCACCUCCACCCUCAUCAGAGACUUCCUGCCCGUCGUGCCCCACCCGUGGGACGGCCCCGGGCCCCUGUCCUCGGGGGACUCCAGCAGCUCCGGACCCUCCAGCCCGGACGGGAGCUCCCCCGGCCGCCCGCCGCCCAAGGUCUACGGCGACGGAGAGCCCCCCAGGAGGAAGGCGGAGAACAUCACGGCCAAACCCUACGCCAGGAGCGAGAUCCGCCUCCCCGGGGCCUUCCCGCCCGCCCGGCCCGGCGACCCCUCGAGGGCUCCCCGCGCCGAGGAGCCGGGACCCCCCGACGGGAGCCCGGACGAGAGCCGGGGUCCCCCGGGGCACGGCUCCCCCGGCCCCGCCUCGCCCGCGCCCGCCGCUGACCGGGAGGCCCCGACGCCCCUGCGCGCUGAGGCCGGGGACCCCUCCGGUCCCCCCUCCGCGGGCCCCAGCCCGGGCCCGCCGGCGGGCGAGCCCGGCCCGCCCCGGGCCCGCGUCCCCGAGCGGCACGGCCACCCGGCCCCGCCCGGGAGACCCCCGCCGCCCCGGGCCGCCGUCCAGCCGGCCGUCCCCUCGGGCCCGUCCGAGGCCCGCCCGCCGGAGCCGGCCCGUCCGGCGGCGCCCCCGCCGCGGGCCGCCUCGGCGCCGCCCCCGGUCCGGCCCGGCGACCCGGCCCCGCGGGCCGGAGGCCUCCCCGGCCGGACCCGGGGCCCGCCCGGCCCCCCGCCGACCGCGCCCGGCAAGGUGCUGCUGGACCCCGAGAGCGGUCGCUACUACUACGUGGAGUCGCCCCGGCAGCCCAGGGUCAAGCUGCUCUUCGACCCCGAGAGCGGUCAGUACCUGGAGGUGCUGCUCGUCCCCUACGCGCACUGCCCGACCCUCUCCUUGCCGCCCUCCCCGGGGACCCUCCCGCCCCGCUCCGCCGAUCUCUUCGCGACCCCCGUCCCGGCGGCCAAGCUGCCCUGGGGCCUGCCGGGCCUGGACCCGGCCCCUCUGGAAGGCCUCUACUAUCUGCCCGCGGGAAGCCCGGCCCCCAGCCCCCCCGGAGGCCUCACUCCCGCCCUGGCCCACAAAGGGUCCCCCUUCAGGGUUUAA